AUGACGACAAUCCUUCCGACCUACACUGGCGUCCUGCGUGGCACAGGGACUGAGUCAAGCAUGCUCUCAGCCAUGCACGGCCAAUCAGAGGGGGUCCUCUGGGGCUCCAGAAUCCAGCUGGAGAAACAGUUGCAGGUUAUCUCAGUGCUGCAGUGGAUACUGUCUUUCCUCAUUAUGGGCGCUGCCUGCACUGUAGCCCUCAUCUACUUGUUUUGUACGGACUUCUGGUUGAUUGCUGCUGUAUACACCGUUUGGCUAAUUUAUGACUGGAACACUCCUAAACAAGCUGGUCGAAGGACUUCUUGGGUGAGGAACUGGACCCUAUGGACCUACUUCAGGGACUACUUUCCCAUCAGACUUGUUAAGACGCACAAUUUAUCACCGAGCCGGAACUACAUUUUCGGAUACCACCCCCAUGGAAUAUUCUGUUUUGGCGCCUUCUGUAACUUCAGCACAGAUGUUAAUGGCUUCUUAAAGAAAUUCCCAGGAAUAAAGCCCUUUGUGACCACCCUGGCUGGUAACUUCAAGAUGCCCAUAGUAAGAGACUAUUUGAUGUCAGUGGGCAUCUGUCCCGUGACCCGGGACACGAUCGACUACAUCCUGUCGCAGAACGGGACGGGUAACGCGGUUGUGAUCGUGGUGGGAGGCGCUGCGGAGUCUCUGGGCUGCACUCAGGGGGUUAACAGAGUUACCCUGAAGAAUCGGAAAGGCUUUGUUAAGGUGGCUCUGCAAAAGGGAGCUGACCUGGUGCCAGUUUUCUCCUUUGGGGAGAAUGAAGUGUACAGGCAGCUGGUGUUUGAAGAGGGCUCCAUUUUGAGCCUCUUUCAGAAGAAGGUCCAGAAGCUGGUGGGGGUGGCCCCCUGUCUGUUCCACGGCCGGGGGCUGUUCUCCGCGGAGUCCUGGGGCUUCAUGCCCUAUUGCAGACCCAUCACCUCUGUUGUGGGAGAGCCCAUCACAGUGCCCAAGAUCGAGAACCCCAGUGAAGAGGUUGUGGAUCACUACCACACCAUGUACAUGAACUCCCUUGGGGAGCUGUUCGACAAAUACAAGACCGAGUUCGGCAUGAGGGAGAGUGACGUUCUGGUGAUACAGUGAACCAGCGCAGCCCUAAAUAAGAGACCCCACAUGUCCCUGAUGUUGUAAAUGGUAAAUGGUUGACAUUCAUACAGCGCCUUUAUCCAAAGCCCUGUACAAUUGAUGCUUCUCAUUCACCCAUUCAUACACACAAUCACACCAACGUGAUGGCCAUGCAAGGCACCGACCAGCUCGUCAGAAGCAUUUAGAGGUUGGGUGUCUUGCUCAGGGACACUUUGACACACCCAGGGCAGGAUCGAACCGGCAACCCUCCGA